GCGCAACUCUACAGAUAACGUUACUACUGUAGCGCUGUCGAGAAUUGACAUGCGUGUAUUUUGGCACACAAGGUAUGCCGUAGUCGGAAAGAUGGCGACCGUGGCGCUGGUUAGCCGUCCUGCGAGUGUCCUUCCAAAAAUUUCAAGUAGCUGCUCCCCUGCUGUGUUGUCAGCUGCAUCCAUCUCCACAGUCCAGCAGAGGAAGCUUCACCAUGCUGUUGUCCCCAAAGGGAAAGGAGGACGCUCCUCCUCCAGUGGAAUAGCGGCAACGGUGUUUGGUGCCACAGGUUUUCUGGGCCGAUACGUAGUCAAUAGGCUGGGUCGGAUUGGCUCUCAGAUUGUAGUCCCUCACCGCUGUGAUCAGUAUGACAUCAUGUACUUUAGGCCCAUGGGUGAUCUUGGACAAAUAAUUUUCAUGGAGUGGGAUGCCAGGAACAAAGACUCCAUCAAACGGGCUUUGGAGCACUCUAAUGUUGUCAUCAACCUAGUGGGAAGAGAGUGGGAGACAUGGAACUAUCGCUUUGAGGAUGUUUUUGUGAGCAUCCCACAGCAGAUUGCCAAGGCAGCCAGAGAGGCCGGCAUCACAAAAUUCGUCCACAUGUCUCACCUCAACGCUGACAUACGCAGCCCGUCCAAAUACCUGAGGAACAAGGCUGUAGGAGAGACGGCAGUGAGAGAUGAGUUUCCUGAUGCCAUCAUCAUGAAGCCCUCUGAGAUCUUUGGGAGGGAGGACAGAUUCUUCAACCAUUACGCAAACAUGCGCUGGUUUGGCAAUGCUAUUCCACUCAUAUCAAUGGGGAAGAAGACAGUGAAGCAGCCUGUCCAUGUGGUGGAUGUGGCCAAGGCCAUCAUCAAUGCUGUCAGAGACCCUGAUGCUAAUGGAAAGACGUUUGCUUUAGUUGGUCCGAACCGUUAUCUCCUUCAUGACCUGGUGGAGUACAUCUACGCAGUGGCACACAGACCUUUUGUGCCCUACCCCCUGCCCCGCCCACUCUAUCACCUUGCUGCUCAGUUUUUUGCAAUGAACCCAUUUGAGCCGUGGACAACCCCAGACAAAGUCGAGAGGUUUCACACAACAGACAUGAAGUACCCAGGACUUCCAGGUCUGGAGGAUCUUGGCAUCACUCCAUCUGCUGUAGAACAAAAGGCUAUUGAGAUUCUGCGCCGCCACCGCCGAUUCCGUUACCUGGAAGCUGACCUGGAUGAGACAAAACCAGCCAAAACUGUCAGCUAUUAAACUACCUGACCACUUCCCAACAUCACUGAGGAUAUACGACAAUGCCAUUAUGAGAGAGUAUUCAGCUGUUACAUAUUCACGUCAUUUGACUUGAAAAUUUUUACACCUGAAUCAUGGUUGGUAAUAAAUCAGGAGAAACACACCAUUAUGCUGUGACAAAUACUAAACUCUGCUGCGGUCUGCAGGAACAUGGCUAAUUUAUUUUUAAUAACAUAUUUAAUGUUUACACAAUACAUAGUACGAGUAAUAGAGACUGAGACACAGUGUAGAAUCAACAUACACAUACAUUUUUAUAUCUGCUGUGAUGUAACGUAAAACAAAACAAGCACAGUAAAUACAGAAGUGCACUUUGAAACCUCCAUGAUAGCUUGAUAGUGUCAGAUUAGUCUGCCUCUACAACUUAGUGAGGUACUAAGAUUAAAAUUGGCAUCGACUCGGUUCCUAUCUCAGCCUCAAUAAAUCAUGCCCUUUUGAUUUAAACAGCUAAAUUGAAAGACCCAACUGAAGUAGUAAUUUAUGGUGCAUAUGGUAGGAAAGUGUUAUCUUUAAGAUAACGUUCUUUAUUGUACUACUUGAGCUGUAAAGUGUGGAGUGAAGAGUUGCUUGGACAGUACAGAAUGACUGAUGUGAUCCUUUGUGAAACCACAAUGAAGACCUACUUGGGGA